AUGGCACAAGGCGGGCAAGCGCCACGCUUCCUUGGCUGGACGAACAGAAGAGGCGUCCCUGUCUUUGCGCUUGUCUUGACGAACGCAUUCGGCGCCCUCGCUAUGAUGAACGUUAGCACCGGCGCUGCGAAAGCUUACACCUACAUCGUGAACCUGAGUGGUGUUUCGACGUUUCUCGUAUGGGGUUCUAUCUCGUUCAUCCACAUACGGUUCAGGACGGCGUGGCACAAGCAAGGGCGAUCAUCUGACGACCUGCCAUACAAAUCGCUACUCUAUCCUUGGAACGCCUACUUUGGCUUGGGUGCCAACAUGUUUCUGGCGCUUGUACAGGGUUGGACGACCUUGUCGCCAUUCACAGCUGGAACUUUUGUGGAUGCAUACAUUCUGUUGCCGUUGUUCCCUAUUAUCUGGUUCGUAUUCAAGUUGAUCAACAAGACGCACUUUUGGAGAUCAUGGGAGAUCGACCUGGAUUCUGGACAACGCGUGGAUCUGGAUAAGAAGAAGUCGGACUUCGAUGAUCGCAGUGGGAGACGUCUAAACUGGUGGCAGAGAGUCUUGAAGAGCUUCUGA